CAUCUCAUUAGAAAUCUGACAGUUGGGGAAAGGGCAGUCAGAUCAUAGACCAGAACAUAAGUAUGAAGUUUAACACAGCUUUGAGUGUUGCCGGAACCAUACUUCUCUUCAUAGCAGGUUCCCUCUGCCAGUUAGAUGUAUGUGGUCAAUCCCCCCUCAACACAAAGAUUAUUGGAGGGGAGGUUGCACAGGCAGGGGCUUGGCCAUGGCAAGUCAGCAUUCAUGUCAAUUCCGGUAUCAGUUCGAGCCAUUUCUGUGGUGGGAGUCUAAUCAAUAAAGACUGGGUUUUAUCUGCAGCUCACUGCUUCCAGACGUACGAGGUUUCUAAGAUUGUGAUGUACUUUGGGCGUUGGAGCCAAUCGGGCUCAAACCCCCAUGAGACAUAUAGGACUGUGAGUCGAAUUUUCAACCAUCCUAACUACAACAGUUCUACUAUUGACAAUGACAUAGCACUUGUCCAGCUCUCCUCCUCUGUGGAUUUCACGAAUUAUGUUAGGCCAGUCUGUCUGGCAGCUGCUGGUAGUGUGUUUGGUGGAGGUACAGAGACCUGGGUCACUGGAUUUGGUACAAUGCAGACUGGAGGUACCCUUGCUGACAAACUGCGGGAGGUGAUGAUACCAAUCGUGAACAACAGUGACUGUAAUAAGGCUUAUAGUGGAUUUAUCACAAGCAAUAUGAUUUGUGCUGGAUUGCUAAAUGUGGGAGGGAAAAGUUCAUGUCAGGGAGACUCUGGAGGUCCAGCUGUCAAUAGGAACGGCUCUCGGUGGAUUCAGUCCGGUAUCGUGAGUUUUGGUUCAAAAAAAAAAUGUGAUGACCCUAAAUUUCCCAGUGUGUUCGCCAGGGUGUCUCCGUACCAGGAUUGGAUCAAGUCCUAUACGGGCAGCAACCCACCUGGAUUUGUUGAAUUCCACUCCAAUGGAUUCAGAAGUUCACUCAGUCCCCUUUUAUUCUCAAUUUCUCUCACAUUCUCCAUCAUUCCUUUCACAAUCUCCCUAUAUCUUUCUUCAUAAAGACAGUUUGAAUUGAAAUUUGCUGUAAAAGUUUCAGUUACAUUUAGUCUUUUUUUUUAGAUUCAGGAUGAUUGCAUAACUCAAUAUAAACUGCCUACUGAUGAUUGUAUGUUUAUAUUUACAUUUACAUUUGGUCAUUUAGCAGACGCUUUUAUCCAAAGCGACAUACAGAGAGUUCAGGGAGCAAUAAGCGAUAUGUCAUACAGGAGCAAUAAUACAAUAGGUGCUAAUACAAAGUUACUGCAUGGUGUCACUACCUGUUGAGAGAAAGAGAGAGGUUUUUUUUUUUGUCAAGUAUUCACAGAAGAGAUGGGUUUUAAGUAGUUUUUUUAAUGUUGUAUGAGAUAAAUUGUAUUAUAUUAUAUGGCUGAUAACCGAUAUACGUAACCGAUAUAUGGUACGAAGCUCUCAAUGUCAUCAGGGAUACUGUUGUUGAAAAUAUAAUUAAUUACAAUGUUGUAAUCACACUGUCUUAACAGAAUAAAUACAAAGAAGGAAAUGA